AUGUUCCGUUGUUGGGCCAGUGUGAUAUUAGCGCUGAUUGUGACAGCCACGUAUGUGACAUCAUUGCCAGGAUCUUAUGCAAUCCAAAGGCGUGCAUCAAAAUGCAAUGGUUAUCAAGAUCUAUGCAAUCGUAAAUACUCCAACGUUACCCACAUUGGUGCGCAUGAUUCCUUCGCCGUGGGCAAGCUGGGCUCGUUGGGAUCAAAUCAGGAAGCGAAUGUGACAGUGCAGCUUGAAGAUGGUAUACGUCUUCUUCAGAUUCAGACGCAUGCAUCCUCAGGCCAUCAAGAUUCUAACCCAUCUGGGUUGAGUCUUUGUCAUACGUCUUGUGCGCUCAAGAACGGCGGCACACUAGAAUCGUACUUGCGACAAGUGAAGCAGUUCCUUGACCAGAACAAGAAUGAGAUCGUUACACUGGUCAUUACGAAUCCAGAUAACAAGCCUGUCAGUAACUUUGCUAAGGCGUUUGAAAAUACGGGUUUAAACUCAAUGGCAUACAGGGCAAACUCGAACAGUAUCUCGAAAAAUGACUGGCCUACUCUCCAGGAACUCAUCAGCCAGAACCAGCGCGUGGUUGUUUUUCUUGACUAUAAGGCAGAUGUGAACCAAGCAAAGUACAUUCUGCCCGAGUUUCAAAAUAUCUGGGAAAACCCGUACGACCAGACGUCGAGCAACUUUAACUGCACACCCGAUCGGUAUAUUCAUGGCACCCAAAACAAGAUGUACCUAAUCAAUCACUUCAAAAACAGCAUGGUUAUUUCAAGUAAGAUUUCGUCGCCUGAUACAGAACAUAUUAAGGAUACCAACUCAGUCUCGUCGAUUUUAAAGGAUGCCAAUCAUUGUGCGCAGCAGCAAAAUGCUUAUCCAACAUUUGUACUCGUGGACUAUUACUCGCAAGGCAAUGGCAGUGUUUUUAAGGCCUUAGCCAAGCUGAACGGCGUCAACUACGAAGACAAGGAGUUGAACGCAAAUCAGACCCAAGACGGCGACGCCGCCGUGGGACCUCUACGUGUCAGUCUGCCUAUUUUGCUGGGGGCAAUGAUAGGCGUUGCGACAGUGAUCCUGAUAUAA